CUCAACUACAAACCCUAAUCACUCCAAAUCUUCAAUCUCAUGGCGGCAAGAUCCACCGGAAAAGUGAACUGGUUCAACGACUCCAAAGGAUACGGUUUCAUCACCCCCGACAACGACGGUGGAGAAGAGCUUUUCGUUCACCAAUCCUCCAUCGUCUCCGACGGUUACAGGAGUCUAACCAUCGGCGACUCCGUUGAGUUCUCCGUCGCUGAGGGAACCGACGGGAAGACCAAAGCCGUUGAUGUAACUGCUCCCGGUGGUGGUCCUCUUCAGAAGAAGGAGAGUAGUAUCUCUCGCGGCGGCGGUGUUAGACGUGCCGGCGGUGGUUGUUAUAAUUGCGGCGAGGCUGGUCAUCUUGCUAAGGAUUGCCGUGAUGAUGACGGCGGUGAACGUGGAGGAGGAGGAGCGUCUUGUUACAGUUGUGGUGAGUCUGGUCACUUAGCUAGAGAUUGCGUUCAGAAAUCAAGCGGCGGUGGUGGCGGUGGUGGAGCGUCCGAUGGUGGUGGAUGUUACACUUGCGGUGAAGCUGGUCAUUUUGCUAGAGAUUGUGCUCAGAAAAGAAGUGGCGGCGGUGGUGGUGAACGUGGAAGCGGUGGUGGUGGUGGAGUUUGUUACACGUGUGGUGGAGUGGGUCACAUGGCGAGGGAUUGUGUGACGAAGAGACAGGCUGGUGCUUGUUACGAGUGUGGUGAGAGUGGUCACAUGGCGAGGGAUUGUGAGAGGAGAGGAAGUGGUGGAGGUGGAGGAAAGUGUUACAAGUGUGGUGAAGGAGGUCAUUUUGCGAGGGAAUGUUCUGUUGCUUGAUUACUAUGGAAGAUGAAUUUUGACUUAUGUAUAAGUUUUGAUAUUACUCUUCGUUUUUAUAUUGUGCUGAUAGGAAUGAUGAAUUUGCCUAGCCCUUUUGAUGUUUUAUAUUAUUCUUAUACAAAAGGGGUUGUAGUCCUUUUUUUUUCUUUUUGUGGUAAUAACUAUGUAAGUUUUAACUAGAUUUGGUUUCUGAUAUGGAUACUGUACUUUUUUUCUUUUGCUUAUGUCACUUUUGAGUUUUGUUCCUUUUGCUGAGUUGUUGCUGUGUUUAUUGCAUUAUGUGUACGUUGUACAGGACACCUGACUAUAGAUUCAAAACCUAUGUGUUCACCUUUGCACAUUGAUUUUGACACUAAGGU